CGUAAUUAAUAUUCAUGAGCCAAGCCUUCUCCGUAGUAGGAUUGCUAAACUCGCUGCCGGGGGCGUGGCGUGGGCAUUGCCGGUUCUAGCAGCAGACACAAUGAAACGAGGGGCAAUGUAGGACACCACGUUGGGGCUUGAAAUGCAGACACGCAGAUAGAUAGCAGAGGCCGCCGCUGAUGAGAACAAAACAACGAGUUGAAAGUCUUCAAGUAGAACCGACCGGGCUCAGGAAACGAGGCUCCCCAUCAUCACUUUUGCUUUGUCAUUGAACGCAGUCGCGAUAAAAUGUCGUUCGCCUACUCGGAUUAUCUGGCCGCCGAGUGUCUGGUGUCGAUAUCCAGCGGUCCCGUCCUCCAUCGACCCACCCCGGUGUCUGGUGCGGCUCAGGCCCCUCCUCAGGGCCUUCCUGCCGGCGAGCCAGACGGGUCGAGCGAGGACAGGGAGGUGCGGGAGACGCUCCGGUUAGAGGGGGCCAACAUGAUGACGGUGGCGGAGAUCCUCACCGACCUGCACGGCAAGUUUCGUCCCAUGUCGGCCUACUCCGAAAGCAGCAACUCGUCGUGCGGAGAGAGCGGCUACACCACGUUGUCUGACUCCACCACCCCAACGCCUACCAUGACCCCCUCUGCCACCCCUGUCCCGGGACAGUACAGUAACACCCCUCAGCAGGUUUGGGGGGGAGGGGGCGCACCCCGGUCCCCCACCAAGCGUCACCCCUGUACUUUCGACGGGUGCGACAGGGUGUACGGCAAAUCCUCCCACCUGAAGGCGCACAUCAGGACCCACACAGGUGAGAGGCCCUUUCCGUGCACCUGGCCCGACUGCGAAAAGAAGUUUGCCCGUUCUGACGAGUUGGCCCGACACCUGCGUACCCACACUGGCGAGAAACGCUUCCUGUGCCCACUCUGCGACAAGCGUUUCAUGCGCAGCGACCACCUCAUCAAACACGCCCGCCGGCACCCCAACUUCCACCCCUUCAUGAUCAACCGCAAAGGUUCGGCUCAGGGAUCCGCCUCGACCCAGUCCACCACCGCCGCCACCUCGUCCUCAGAGUACGCCAGCACUGCCAAGUAGAUGCCCCUCACCGGGACCACCGUCUCAGUCAGACACUGCAGCUUGACUCGAUCGCCAUGCAUGCUGGGAUCCUCUUAAGCUCAGUCUUCACUUCCACAGGCCAAAAAUGAAGAACUUCACCAUGUCUUCCUCCAAACCCCUUCGCCCAACCAGUGACGACCAAAACAGGCGAAGGAGACUCAAACGCUCAAGCACAUUCCCAAGUCGCGCGAUUAAAUGAUCACAUGACUGACAAGUGAUGCUGAACGCAACAUUGGUCUUAAAUUGCUUGGGUUGGGUGGAAUAGAUUUUUCUGACUUUUUUGGAAGCAUGCAAACAAAAUGGCCAUCAGCGGUAGCACAAUGUUUUCCAUCAGCCAUCUGGUUGUAUCACUUGUCAGCCAUGUUUUAAAAUCUCCGAAAGGAUGCGUCACAGUUUAAGGGAAAGUUUACUCGUUCUUUGUCUUUUUACAGUCGUUCCAUCAAUCGUCACACAUCCUUUUUCAUGUCUUUUUUGUACAGCCGGAAUGGCAAACCCUCUCUGGCUUUGCUUGUCCACACAUGCUGUAGAACGCAAUAACCAGAUACAUUUUCAUAACUAUCACAAAGUAUUUGUGUGUUACUCAUAAAUUUGUCACGUGCAACGGACUUUAUGCAUUCUUAAAGCUUGUUGGCUUUGCUAAACCUUUAAGUUGUGAUGUCAAGCUCAUUCUUAAAUGAAUAUGAUUCUUGACACUCUUUGAAACCAAACAACGAUCAAAUCAAAACGGCCAGCGAGCUCCUUCUAGGUAGAAGCACUGCCUCUAAUGCCGCGUUUCCACAUAGCUUUCCCUACUGAAAUUGUAAUAAGUUAUUGUCAUCUUAAUUUACCUUUUGUUUUCCAUUAGUAGUAGUUAUUUUAUUAAUUAAUAUUAUUAGACCAUGCAUCUAUUAUUAUUUUCUGUUUGGAGGAACUCUUUUGUUUGUCCAUGUAAUGUUGACAUGUUGGUACAUGUAGCAAUGUGUUUAAUAGUAAUGUGGAUACGUGUAGAUAAAUAUCUAUGCUUGCAGCUUCAAUGGUAAAGAUGUUAUAAUAUGAACUACUAGAAGUAAUACACCUUAUGUUAGGGGUGACAGUAUACGCUUGAAUAGAAUAGUGCUGCUUGUGUGCGAAUGUUUGUGCGUCGCGUUUGUAUGUGCCGCCUGCGGACCACUUACAACUAUCUCAGAGAACAAAAAACACAUCAGGAAACUCAGAAAGCCUUAAAAUCCUUUGACUUGUUUUGCACCAUUGUUUACGGUCGGAUAUUUUCUACAGGUAUGCCGUCAGGCGUCGUUCUUCUCAACUAAAGAAAUACACAUGCAAUAUUGCACUUUUGUCUUACUGGUAUUGUUAACGAUGCUAGUUGUCUGCUAGUGUGAUGGGUUUCACUGUAUACAUGCUACUGCAUAGUGCUCAACUAAACGAACACUGUGGAAGGGGAUAAAGACCUGUCACAAUAAAUCAAUGCAUUCGUCUACAUGUGCACCUUCGUCUGAGUGCUUAAACCAGUGUGAGGAAAAUGGACUUGAUUUUUGUGAACUUUUCACUUUUCGUUUGUAUUUUGCUUUACAUUUGGAGUGCAACGGAUACGAAAUAUCUGAUCGCAGUUUGUCUGGUAUCAAAACUACAGCUGUUUUUAAUGGUUCAUUGUACCAUUUUCGAAUCAUGCAAUAUUCAGAGUGCUUUAAGUAACUGCUGGCAGUAACCUAAAGCAUGAUGACAACUAAUAAGAUCUCAACCACAUAACAAACCGAACCAGAAUAAUAUAUAAGACUCUGUGUUUGUUCUGUAGCUAAUUAAAUGUUUUAUGUUUGGCUGGA